AUGGGAACCGAUUCAGGCGAAAUGCCUAGCAGCCCCAAGGUCCGCAUUGUGGACAACCUGAAAGACUUCUGGAACUCAAGUAAAACGUCCGAUUUUACUAUUGUGACCCAGGAUCAGAAGUUUUUCGUCCACAGGACAGUCAUUUGCAUGCAAUCCGAUUUCUUCAACCAGAUGUGCAAGAACGAUUGGACAGAGACACAGAAGAAGACCAUUGAGCUCAAAGAAGACAAUCCUCGUGCCGUUGAAGCAAUGCUGAAGUUCUUUUACGGUCUGGACAUUUUUGCUCCCAACGACAUUCCUCCGAUGUUAUUCUGGGUCUCAGUUUACCAGAUUGCCGACAAGUUUCUUGCCUCGCAGUUGAAAUCAGAUGUGACUGAGCGGUUCGUGCCUCUUGUGCACUACAACUGGGAAGAUGAAUGUUUUCCAGAGGUCAUUGCAGAGGCUUACGACAGCACUCGGCCUGAUGAUCGUGGCCUUCGCGAUACAAUUCUGAAAGUCGCUUACGAGAAUCUCCCAGCGUUACGGAAGUCCAACGAAUUCCAACGGGUACUUCGGGAAAUCCCCGGAUUUGCUGCCGAUCUAAUCUUGGCGAUGGAUAUCUAUGACUGUGAAUUAGUGCCUACCCGAUGCAUGACAGCCGCCUGCCAGGCCGAGUGGUUCUGCCCUCGUGGAAAUUUGUACCCAAAAUGCCCCAAGUGCGCCAAGCGAUCGGUCCAACAUGGAUAUCUCGGUUGA